AUGAAAGUUUCAAAUGAAGCAUGUUUAAGUGCAUCGAAACUUGAUAUGGAAUGUCAUUGGUGUUUAACAGCUAAUCUGUGUAGUAAUGGUCGUGAUACACUUUCGAAGGCUUGGAUGAUUAAUAAUUGUCCAAAGAUUGAUAAGAAAAGUGAUCAGAAGGAUAAGAAAAGUGAACAUAUGGAUAAGAAAAGUGAUCAGAAGGAUAAGAAAAGUGAACAAAUGGAUAACAAAAGUGAUCAGAAGGAUAACAAGCCAAUGUUUAAUUACCUAUAUGUUUUGAUACCAUCAGUCAUUGGUCUCGUCCUUGUAUGCGUUGGCUUCAUCGUGUGGUUCUGGUUAUCUAAAAGACAAUAG